CCGGAAAGCCUUGCGCGGGGGCGGAGACUGCGGGGAUGCGAUGGCGGAGUCGCUGCCCCUGGAGAUGCUUACAUAUAUUCUGAGCUUCCUGCCUUUGUCAGAUCAGAAAGAAGCCUCCCUCGUGUGUCGGGCUUGGUACUGUGCAGCCCAGAAUGCCCUUCGGGAGGCAAAUGUUCAAUACACCAUCCCAGUGUCCUCUACCUCCCUCCCAGCCAUCAAGAGCUUGGGCCUCAGAGGAAUCUCCUGCAUUAGCCUGACCAACUUGGAUGGCUCACUUACCUCACAGCAGGUGCUACAAUCUGUUGCCUACCACCUAGGCCCACACCUGCAAAGCUUGUGCCUGGGUAGGGGCAGCCCCACAGAGGCAUCCUUUGUGGCCCUGAUCCUAGGAUGCCCAGCCCUACGCACCCUUGACCUCAGUGGCUGUAACAGCCUCUUCACAUCAGGCAUGCUGUUGUCUCAGCCUGAGACAGCACAGAAUGUCCAGCAGGCAUUGAGCGGCCUCUGUGAGCUCAACCUCGCUGGCCUGCGAGACCUGGGUGACCUCAGCUUCAACCAGCUCUGCAGCUGUGUCCCCAGCUUGGAGCGUCUCUCCUUGGCCUAUUGCCACCUCACCUUCCAGCUAGGUGCUGCUCAGCAUCCUAUCAACCCUCAGGACUCCUAUUAUUCCAAACUCUCCUUCUGCAAUGUGCUCCGAUUUGUAAAAGAGCGAGCUGGCAGACUGCGUGCCCUGGGCCUGAGUGGCACUGGCUUGCCACCCGAGGCCCUGAAGGCUCUGGGCCAGGUGGUUGGGUUGCAGCUGCAGGAGGUGAGCUUGCACAGCUGCCGGGACCUCUCCACAGAGGCUAUGGCCACCCUGUGCCAACAGCAACCAAGUCUUACCUCUCUGGACCUCAGUGGCUGCUCAGAACUGACUGAUGGGGCACUCUUGGCCAUGAGCCGCGGCCUGCAGCACCUGCAGCUCCUAAGCCUGGGGAAGCUGCAGCGGCUGACAGAUGCAGGGUGCACAGCCCUGGGGGACCUGCGGCAGUUACGGAGCCUGAACAUGGCUGAAUGCUGUUUGGUGAGUGGGCAGGGACUGGCCCAGGCCCUGGGCUCAGUGCAUGGAGCUCCACCCCCACUGACCACCCUCAGGCUGGCCUACUGCUCUUCACUGAAGGAUGCCUCAGUGCUCUCUGUGACCUCAGCAUUGGGCCCGAGCCUCAGGGUGCUAGACUUAUGCUCCUGCAUGGCCCUCACCCACCAGACCAUACAGGCCAUCUGCACCUACCUCACCCGCCUCUCAGUGCUUCGCCUGGGAUGGUGCAAGGAGCUCCAAGACUGGGGGCUUCUGGGGCUACAGGAACCAUCUGAGGAAUCUGCAUUGGGUCCCCAGCUGCACCCAGAAAGGGAACAUCAGGCUUCAGAUCCAAGGAUCCCUUUCUAGCCGCGGGGCCCCUCCCUGCUCAUGCUGCAGGCCCUACAGGAGUUGGACCUCACAGCCUGCACCAAGCUGACUGAUGCCAGUCUGGCCAAGGUGCUCCAGUUCCCCCAGCUGAGACAACUGUCACUGAGCCUAUUGCCAGCACUCACAGACAACGGUUUGGUGGCUGUGGCCAGGGGCUGCCCUAGCCUAGAGCGCUUGUCGCUGAGUCACUGCAGCCGCCUCAGUGAUGAUGGUUGGGCCCAAGCAGCUGGGUCCUGGCCCAGGCUGCAGCACCUCAACCUAUCCAGCUGCAGCCAGCUCACAGAUCAAACACUGGACACCAUUAGGCAGGUGUGCAAGCAGCUCCGAGUGUUGGAUGUAGCCAUGUGUCCUGGUAUCAACAUCGUGGCUGUCAGGCGCUUCAAAGCCCAGUUACCUCAGGUGACUUGUGUCCAGUCUCGCUUCGUGGGAGGGGCUGACCUGACCCUGACACUGUGAGGCCAGGUGAGUAUCCAGUCCUGCAGCUCAGCCUUCUUCACCCCACAGCCCACCCCAGCCCAGGGUUCUGGACCUGGAGUUUGCCCCAGUGCCUCUUGCCUCCCUUUG